AUGUCACAGCAAUUAGCCGCUGCUAGCGAGCUGGAUGCCAGCACGCCAGACGAGAACCUGUUCAUAAAUCCGACCGAUGGCCUACCGAACGAACAUCCGGCCCUGCCGAGCGCCUACGACUCGGACAACGAAUCCAAUCCGGUGGACGAUGAUUUGCUGGAUGAUCUGCCAACGUCAAUUAUCGUCACCAACAUUCACUCGGAGGUGUUCGCCAGCGAAGAGCUGAAGGCCCGAAUGGAAGAACUGUUCAAAACGUUCUCCGAUACCGCAACGUUCCAGUGGUUGAAGAGUUUUCGCCGGCUGCGGGUUAACUAUGACUCAGCGAUAGCUGCUGCGAACGCUCGCAUUCAGUUGCAUCAGUAUCCUUUCGGAAAGUCCAUCAUAACCUGCUACUUGGCUCAACCGGUGACACCGGUUUCAAAUCCCAACUUGAAGCCACCGAAGCCCUUCAAGCAGUUUCUCAUUUCCCCGCCCGCUUCUCCACCGGCCGGUUGGGAGCCGGCAGAAGAAAACGAACCACUGGUCAAUCACGAUCUGCUGGCGGCGCUGGCAAGUUUAACUCCGGGCGAAAUUCACGAAAUCCAUGCCCAAUCGGACAACCAUCCCGGUAUUGUGCUGCACACGGCCCAGCUUGGCUUCGGGACGGACGACCUAACCAGUAAAUCCGGCGGUAGCAGCUUCGAGGAAGACGAAGAUGGCAAUAUGGUACCGCGGAAGGGUCGCAUCGUGCAGACCCGCUGUCCGGAGCGGAAGAACUCGACCUAA